AAGAUUUGCUACAUAGCGGAUUGCGUCGCAUCGCGGAUAUGACAGGCGCAAUCUCGUCAUAAAAUGAUGGCAAUGUUUUGAGGUAACAGACAGAAAGAGGGAUGAGGAAUAUUUGUACGUGAAGUGCUGUAGUCUACGUUCACGACAACGGAUCUCAUAUUGGUGUAGCCAUCUGCCUGUCACCAUGGCAACCAGCAGCGCGGUCCCUAGCGACAACCUCCCCACGUACAAGCUGGUGGUGGUGGGGGACGGAGGGGUGGGGAAGAGCGCUCUCACCAUCCAGUUCUUUCAGAAGAUCUUUGUGUCUGACUACGACCCCACCAUCGAGGACUCCUACCUGAAACACACAGAGAUAGACGGACAGUGGGCCAUCCUGGACGUGCUGGACACGGCAGGCCAAGAGGAGUUCAGUGCUAUGAGGGAGCAGUACAUGAGGACAGGGGAUGGCUUCCUCAUCGUGUUCUCUGUGACAGACAAGGCAAGCUUUGAACACGUGGACCGCUUCCACCAGCUCAUCCUCAGGGUGAAGGACAGGGAGGCCUUCCCCAUGGUGCUGGUGGCCAAUAAGGUGGACUUGGUUCACCUCCGCAAAAUCACUAGCGACCAGGGGCAGGAAAUGGCUGCCAAACACAACAUUACAUACAUUGAGACAAGCGCCAAGGAUCCUCCUAUGAAUGUGGACAAGGCAUUCCAUGGACUAGUCAGGGUUAUAAGGCAGCAGAUCCCAGAGAGGAGCCUGAAGAAGAAGAAGAAGCUGAAGUGGCGAGGAGAACGCUCUACGGGUUCUCACAAAGUCCACUGUGUCAUCUUGUGAGGGUGUCACCCCUCUUGCCGCUGCGUAACAUUGUUGUUAGAGAGAACUGCAGACUGGCAGUGACCAACAACUGGAGGAGAAAGGGGGGAUUAGGGGAGAGAAGGAACUGACUGUUACAGUGUCAUAGAAAACCCCUCUCACUUGAGGGGGUCAAGUCCAAGGCAUGCCCAAGUGGAGGUCUUAUAGCAGGUAGCCUAGUGGUUAAGAGCGAUGGGCCAGUAACUGAAAGGUCGCUGGUUCGAAUCCCAUAGUCGGCAAGG